GGCGCCCCGCCCGGCCGGGCCGCGUCCGGCAGGAGCCGCGGGCCGCGCGUCAGCCGGCGGUCAGGGGGCGCGCCGCAGACGGACGCGGCCGGCGCCGCCGAAAUGUGGAAGCUGAGCCGGAGCCGGGUUCUUCUGGACGAGCCCCCAGAAGAGGAGGACGGCUUGGGGGUGGCGCCGCGGUCGGCCGCGGCCUUAGCCCCGGCGCAGGUUCAGGGAGCAAGUUUCCGAGGUUGGAAAGAAGUGACUUCUCUGUUUAACAAAGACGAUGAGCAGCAUCUGCUUGAAAGAUGUGAAUCUCCCAAGUCCAAAGGAUCCAACGUGCGAUUAAAAGAAGACUCGAAGACAGAGAAGAAGGCUGGAUUUUGGGACAAUUUGGUUUUAAAACAGAAUGUGCAAUCUAGAAAGCCAGAUGAGAUUGAAGGCUGGGAACCUCCACAGCUUGCUCAGGAGGAUGCAGCGGCUGGCACAGGGGACUCUGUGCAUGGCCAGCAGCCCUGGACGGGCUGGGAGGGCGAGGAUAAGGGCUCCACCAGGUACAGCAGCCUGACCAGCUCAGCCAGCAGUGCCAGGUGGAGCCUUCGCUCUGCGGGGAGGCUGGUCAGCCUCCGACGGCAGAGCAAGGGCCACCUGGCAGAUGCCCGGGAGGAGGUGGAGUGAACAGGAGUGCCCAGCGUGCAGCCUGGUGCUGCCAUGCGAGCAGCAGGGCCUGCUGGGCUGCAUGGCCUGUUAGCAGCCCAUUAAGUGGUGGUGCCUCCCACGCGAAGCCAGGAACCUGCCGAGUGCCCGCACUUCACAUCGAAGACCCCGUGCACCAUGCCCGUGGGAGCCCGCAGGGCCUGUGCUCGGUGACCUUAGGUGCAGAUGCCCACCUGCUGCAGCCCCUGCUUGUGGGAACUGGAUGUGCGACCCCGGCAAUGACUCACAGCCUGUGUCCUCGGCGUCUCUCCCAGGACCCUGCCCCUUUCCUUGCAUGUGACGUGUCUGGCUGUGACCAACCUGCAGUGGCCAUGUCACCCUCUUGUUGCCAGAAGGUGAGAUGAGUCUCCCAAAGGUCACGUCUGACAUGCAAGAUGUACUUUUCCCUUAUCGAAUUGAAAAAAUGUGUAGACACUCGCUGGAAAGCAGAGGGUGCCUGUGAGUGUGGAGCAGCAGACCUGAAUGCAGGCCGGUCUGACAGCAGUCCUGUGAGGUUUUCUUUUUACGUCUCCUAAUUUUUCUUUCUUUCUUUCUUUUUUCUCUUUCUUUCUUUCUUUCUUUUUUUUGUGGUGCUUGUACAUGCUGGGCAAGCGCUCUACUGCUGAGCUGCACCCCUGGCCCACUCUUGAACUUUUAAAUUUUGUUCUUUAUUUGCUUUAAAACUCCUGUUCUCUUAGUAUACAGAUUGAGGAAAUGCUGUAAAAUGAGGCUGGUUUUAGCCACUUGAUAAUCUUCAUUUUGUUUGGAAAACAUGACCGUGCUCAUUAUGGAGUUAAAGCUGUAUGUAGGAUACUGAAGUGCCUCUUUUCUAUUGUUCCUAGCUGUUUAGUUUUUCAACACGAGAUACUGUGAUCGACGUUAGAUCUGUAAGAAGUUCUGUUUCCCUCACAAGGGUAGCUCUGUGCUAAUUGGACAGCACCUCACUCUGCCUGUCUCUGGACACCUGACCAUCAACAGUGUGAUCCUGUGUCAGGUGUCUUUGGCAGGGUGACUUUAGCGUUAGGUGGCACAAAUAUCUACCUUAGGUGCAAGUGAUGGACCAGGUAUAAUUUUGUUUUGAUUAAAAAACAAAAGCUUCUAGUUAUUGCUGUGCAUUCCCUUCCUGGAAAAAAAAAAAAUUCUGCCCUUGAGUUUUCAGUGUGUACUUCUGUGCCGUUCUGGGUACCUGGAUGCUCCAUUUAGCGCACCCACAGACAACCCGCUGCGCCUCAGGGCUGAGCACCCUGAAGUGUGUCAGAGCCUCAGACUGCGUUCUUGACAGAGCAAGCUUACUUGGUUCACUCAUCUGUUCGUCCGUCUAUCAUCUGUGGCCACCCACCCCUCCAUCCUCCAUCCCUCCCUGCAUCCACCUUCCCACCCAUCAAUCCAUCUUUUAAAGUAGUUUAAAGUAAAGUUUACUUACUGAGCCUUGAGAAGGGAAGAUGCUUUAAGUGCUGUUCAAAUAAACAUCAGUCUGUUAGAACUGUGAAGUGCGGAGGUUGCUUCCUACGGCAGAGGAGAGUUUGAAUUUUCUGUACUGUAACUGGAUAGCCAGUUGCAGGCACCCUCAGGUCAAUGUCCUGCUGCAUGGGCUGUGACCCUGUCCUCCCUGGAUACUGCUGCUAGGAUGGCAAGACAGGACUAGCAAACAUGCCGCCUGAGCUGGUCCAGCUGGUCUUGGCUGUGGUGCAGGAAUGUGCCCUUGCGUUGUGCCUCUGGAGUGUGUGCGUGGGGUGGGGGAUGCAGUCCUGGGGGUCUGGGUGGCAGCGGCUGCUGUGCCUGCGUUGGGAUACCAAGUGCCUGCCGCGCCUGCUAAGGCAGCUGGGAUUGGAGUAUGCACUGUAAAUCCAACUUUUCUUAUUCGUAAAGAUUAAUGUAAAAAGGACCUUUUUUCUCUGUUGUAUCUGAUUAAAAUAAUUGUUUAUGGU